GUGCAUUAUUUUGUUCGUGGCUCCCUCUAGUGGUGGCUAUUGUUCCUCUCCCUGUUCGAAACUUUUAUGAGGGUGCACUUUUUGGUCAGGGUGUAAGGGCGGCGCUGGGAGAUGAUAUGAGGUGAGACAAGAGGAGAGGAGGACACGGAGAUGCGGCAGGAGCAGCGCUGAACUCCUCGCCGCUCAAUCUGGUCGGACGUAGGAGAUGAAAAAGUCCAAACUUUUCACGGAGCAGACUGGCCUCAGCAGGAGCAGCAACAGGAGGAGCAGCAGCAGAUACCGGCCGGCGCGUGGUGGUGGCCGCACACGGACGAACACCGACAGACGGAGAGAGCCGGAGCUUCCGACAGGAGCAGGAGGCGGAGGAGAAGAACGGCUCGGGGAGGUUCUGCUGUGGGGUUCGGGCAGUUGACUGAACCCGGAGGAGGAAGGACACCAUGGUUGUGUCGCUGCGGAGCUGGGUGGCCAACGAGGGAGUAAAGCAUUUGGUGCUGAUUCUGUGGAUGGGAGCUAACACCUGGCUGUUUGUGAAGACGUUCCUGCUGUAUUCUACUGGACCGCAGUAUUACUACCUCUACAAGAUGCUUGGGCUUGGUCUGUGCAUCAGCAGAGCAUCUGCGUCUGUACUGAACCUGAACUGUAGCCUGGUGUUGUUGCCAAUGUGUCGCUCACUGCUCACCUUCAUAAGAGGAACAAACACGGUAUCGAGCAGGAAGACACGCCGGCUGCUGGACAAGAGCAAGACGUUUCACGUGGCCUGUGGAGUGACCAUCUGCAUUUUCUCUGUUGUUCAUGUGUCUGCCCACUUGGUGAAUUUGAUGAACUUCAGCGUGAGCUACUCCAGUGACUUCCCUGCGCUUAACCUGGCUCGAUACAGAGGAGAGGAUCCAAAGCUCAUCAUUCUGACUACAAUUCCAGGAGUCACUGGCCUUCUCUUGGUUCUCAUCCUGUCCCUGAUGUUCAUGUCCUCCUCCUACUGCGUACGGGUGUCCAACUACGAGAUCUUCUGGUACACACACAACCUCUUCAUUGUCUUCUACAUCAUCCUCAUGGUGCACAUGAUCGGUGGGGCACUGAAGUAUCAGACCAACAUUGAGGCCCACCCUCCAGGCUGCUUCAGGACCAAUCAGAGCAACAUGGAAGAUCAGAGCGACGAACCUCAUCAGAGGAGCUGCAGGGAGGAGGCGCACUUCCAACCCCACUGCCCCCAGACUUGGCUGUGGGUAUCUGGUCCUCUCUGCCUCUACUGUGCCGAGCGUUUCUAUCGUUACAUGAGGAGCAGUGACCCCGUUGUCAUCGUGGCCGUCAUCAAACAUCCCUGUGAUGUCAUCGAGCUGCGCAUGCUAAAGAACAACUUCCAGGCUCGACCCGGGCAGUACGUCCUCCUCAACUGUCCAGGUGUCUCUUCGUUUGAGAACCAUCCCUUCACAUUAACAAUGUGUCCCACAGAGAAGAAGAAAACAUUCGGCAUUCAUCUCCGAGUCGUGGGAGACUGGACUGAGCGAUUCACACAGCUGCUUCUUCCUCAGCCGAGGAUGGACUUGGAGAUCCUUCCCAUGGUGCAACAGAGGAGAUAUCCCAGACUUUAUGUGGACGGCCCAUUUGGAAGCCCAUCGGAGGAGGUGUUCAACUAUGACGUCAGUCUGUGUGUGGCCGGUGGGAUAGGGGUCACGCCGUUUGCCUGUGUGCUUCAUGCUCUGCUCGAUGGUUGGACAGGUUUCAGGCUGCAGAGGUUGUAUUUUGUUUGGGUGUGUCGAGAGCUGCAGUCGUUUUAUUGGUUUGCAGAUCUGCUGUGUGCCCUUCAUCACAAGCUUUGGCAGGAGAACAGACCCGAUUAUUUUAACCUGAAACUGUACGUCAGUCAGAAAAACAGUCUACAGUGCAUGUCUGAGGAGAAGUACCGCCCCCUCACCUCAAGGCUGCUGUUUGGACGACCUAAGUGGAAGGUACUGUUCGAUGAGAUUGCCAAGACCAAUAAUCAUAAGCGUGUUGGUGUUUUCUGCUGUGGACCUAAGGGCAUCUCCAGGAGUCUUCACAGACUAUGUAACUCAACCCCAUCUCCUGGAAUAACCUUUGAAUUCAACAAGGAGUCUUUCAGCUGACUGCCUGACAACAGGAAGACAGAUAUCACCCUAAGGGAAGAUUGUGGUUUGUUUUUUUUUUGUACUUUUAUGGGGAGCUUUUUUAAUAUUUAGUUUUAUUUCUGUGGGAUCUGCAAAUCCUGUCAGCUAUUUAAUUUGUUACGUAAUUUCAAAUUACUCUGACUCUCUCAGUCAGAUGUCUCUGGACACCUUUAAAAGCGGUCCAAAAAAAAAAAAAAAAAAAAAACUCCAUAUAUUUAAUAGACUUCAUUAGUUCAAAGGAGAGCUUUUUCAGGGGUGAAAACUAAAAUGAGAAGGAAACGGCCUUCAGGUGCAGCACAUGCCCAUCCCAGUAGGGGGAGCAGGUCUCGAAUGAAAACUUCCAUUUGAUCCAAAGGACCCCAGAGGUGACGAUGAGGAUUUGUACGGUUUGUGUUUUUUUUUUUUGCGUAGAUCAAUGUUACACACAUUAGAGCCUUGUGUGUAAAAAAAAAA